AUGGCGCCAGCACCAACUUUCGAAACGAUCGCCUCUACAGUCGAGGCAAUCCGCAGCCAGCUUCCUGAUGGCCUGAAGAACCCUCGCGUUGGCAUCGUAUGUGGAUCGGGACUGAGUGGUCUUGCCACGAGCAUGAAGGAGGUCGUCGAAGUGGCGUACGACAAUGUCCCAGGAUUCGCGAAGAGCACAGUUCCCGGCCAUCGAAGUUCGUUGGCGUUUGGAUUCAUGGGUGAUAACCAGAAAGUUCCCGUUGUCGCGAUGCUGGGACGCUUUCACCCCUACGAAGGGCAUUCACUCUCGACUGUAGUGUACCCCAUACGCGUGCUUGCUGCACUAGGGAUCAAAGAUAUUAUCAUCACCAAUGCUGCUGGUGCGUUGAACCCGGAGAUCAAAGUCGGUACAGUCGUCGUUGUCAGAGAUCACCUCGCACUCCCUGGCUUAGCGGGGAUGAACCCUCUGCUCGGCCCCACAUUUUCCUCUACUACACCGCGAUUCCUGCCUGUCUCUGACGCGUACAGCCCUGCCCUCAGGCGUCUCGUCUUCCUUGCUGCAAACGAGCUUUCUAUUCCGUGGUCCGACUUUGCCGAGGGCACGUACGCGUGGGUAAGCGGGCCGACGUACGAGACUCCUGCUGAAGGCAGAUUCUUGAGAGCGGCCGGGGCUGAUAUGGUUGGCAUGAGCACCGUUCCAGAGGUUCUGGCCGCUCGAGAAGCGGGUGUAGGUGUGCUUGUGCUAAGCCUUGCUACUAAUAUGGUUGUGAUCCUGGAGAAGUACCGAAGCAUCAAGGAAGAAGUCGAAGCCGAGCUCCUUGGAAAGAAAGUAGAACUUCCCGUCGAGGAGGUCGUAUCUCAUGAGGAGGUUUUGCUCAUCGGCCGGCAGAAAGGGGAAAUGAUGAAGCGUCUUGUCGAGAAGAUCAUAGACCUCAUCCCGGCAUCCGUCCGUGAUGAAUCCCAAAAGUGA